UAUAAGCAUUUGCAUAUUCAUGUUUAUAACAGUUGACGGAAACCCUACACACAAGUGAGAGAGUUGUGUCCAGGAAGGCUCUCUUAAUUCCAGACUAAUUAACCCAAUAUGGCUAGUAAAUUUCACCUGGCUGACUUAGCUUUCCAGGCUACGCGUCCGCUGUUAAAGGUCCCGCGGGCGGAAGUCAUCGGCGCCUGGAGCUCCCGAAUCGAAGAGCUUGUCCGCUCGUCUGCGGCAGGUGGUGGCAUAUUGGUCCGUGGCUUUUCUACCGGCACAGUACCCACUUCUGGUCAUAAAUCAGGCGUAGGCGGGAAUGGCAACGCCGCUAGCAACAACAACAACACCGACAGCAGCAGUAACAACAGCAGCAACAGCAGCAGCCACAGGAGGCCCAAAACUGCGUUCCGUGAGGACGACCAUGCCACAGCCGAAACGCGAGCUGAAGAGUACGCCGACGACGACGAGUACGACGAAGAGCAACGUAAUUCCCAACGUGACCGAGACCGCGCACUCGGGCGAAUCCUGCGCUCCUCCAACGCCGCCGAGCAGCUUCAUUCGUUCAUGCUCUCUGCCGUACAUUUCUUCCGGGGCUACAGCCAAGCACUGCACGGCCGAGUGGAUGCACAGUUCUUUGAGGCACAGGAGGUGGAAGCGGCGGAGGGUGUACGACAGCUACUGCCGAAGUACCGCGUCAGACCUUCGUUAGUCCAGGGCCCGUUGAGUUUGGUGAGUGUAGCGCUUGGCGCGGUGGCGGCGGCCGCUCCCCAGCAGCUGGGAUUGGCGGUUGUGGGGGCGGUUGGCGACGCGCUUUCGGAACAUUACAACGAACAACUGCGGCAACUGAAUGAAGCGGGAGCGGCCCAGGAGGCGCCAGAUGUACGGCACACCCUGCGUUCCCUGCGUGACCUGGCACGUAUACCCGAGGGUGCCCCGCCGGCGCCGGAUCUGAUUUCCGUACUCCAGGAGGGGGUGGCGGCGGCGGCGGCCAGCAGCAGCGGCAGCGGCGGGGCGCCCGCCGCGGCUGCAUCAUCUCUACUGUCGGGCAUGGCGGCGGCUGCCCGAGAGUGGGGUCUUGAGGGCACUGCAGGGGCGCUUGUGAAGGCGGGGGCGCGUGUGGCGCUGCAGGCGGCGGCACGGUAUUGA